AUGAAAGUUUCUGCAGCUGCCUCUGUAGUGCUAGCCGCUGCGGCAUCUGCCGCCCCGGGCAGCCGAUGCUGCACCGACUUGGCCGCCCAGGACUCGCUGCGCAACAAAGUCUUCCUGCCCGACAGCGCCGUCUACGAUGCCCAGCUCAAGUCGUACUACUCGGCCAACGCCGCCCAGCGCGCCUGGUGCGUGGUGCUCCCCGAGUCGACCGCCGACGUGCAGGCCGUCGCGCGCACCAUCACCCGCCGGCAGUGCCCCUUUGGCGUCCGUGCCGGCGGCCACUCGGCCUGGAAGGGCUCAAACGGCGUCAAGGACGGCAUCACCGUCGACUUUAGCCACAUGAACGCCACCACCUUUGACCCGGAGAGGCGCAUCGCCGCGAUCCAGCCCGGCGCGCGAUGGGGAUCCGUCUACGAGACCCUCCACCCGCACAACGUCACCGUCGUCGGCGCGCGCACCUCUGUCGUCGGCGUCGGCGGAUUCACCACGGGUUCCGGUUACUCGUUUCAUACCAACGAACAUGGCUUCUCCUGCGACAACGUCGCAAACUGGGAGAUUGUCCUGGCCAACGGAACAGUCGUCAACGCCAACGCCAAGGAAAACGCGGACCUCUGGAAGGCGCAGAAGGGAGGCUCCGGCAACCUGGGCUUCGUGACGCGAGUCGACCAAGUCACCAUUCCCGGUACCCAGCUCUGGGGCGGCUUCACCCAGUACGACCUCGCCAAGCGCGACGACGUCUUCAAGGCUUACCUCAACUUCGUCGACAACACCAAGGACGGCUCGCCGGAUCAAAACAUCGUCGCCCUGUUCUGGGACAACAAGGAUGGUUUCGCGCUCCGCUCCAUCCUGACCAACGCCAACGGCGACGCGAACAGCACCGCCUUUGACGAGUACAUGUCCCUCCCCAACAUUGGCAGCACCUUGACGUCGGGUCCGGAAAAGGACAUCAUCCCCCAGUUCACCGGCCCGACGCCUCUGGGUCUCUACGCCAACUGGUUCACCGCCACGGCCAAGCACAGCUUCGAGGCGCUCGUCGCCAUUGACGAGCUGCACCGCGCGCUCAUCCCCAAGCUGCAAGCCGCCGCCCCGGACGCGACCUUCAGCACCCUCAUCUCGCUGCAGCCGCUGACGCCCGCCAUGGCCGCGCACGCGGCCCGGCAGGGAGGCAACGUCCUCGGCCUGGACGCGGUCGUGGCCGACGGGCCCAAGAUCAACUGGCUCUUCUCCCUCACCGUCGACGACCCCGCGCAUCAGGAGGCCAUGCUGCCGGUCGCGCAGGAGUUCAUGCACACGGUCAACAAGAAGCAGCGCGACAUGAAGACCUACGAGCCGUGGAUCUUCCUCAACUACGCCUGGCGUGACCAGCAGCCGUUUACCCACUACGGGGCUAGGAAUAGGGCGCUGCUAGCGGCCGUGUCGGCCGUCUACGACCCGAGGAGCGUCUUUCAGAAGCUGCGCAAGACUGGGUUCAAGCUGGAUGGAAGGAGCUGA